CACCCAAAACUAUGGCUGAGAGAUUUGUAGACAGUAAAAUAAAGCCGGGCAAAGUCACUGUGUUUAUUAAGAGAGAAUGUCCUUACUGUGUUAGAGCCCUAGAAAUCUUACAACAAUAUCGUUUUAAACCAGAGGGCUUUGAAGUUCUUUCUGUCAAUGACCAGAAUGACACAGAAAAGAUUAUGCAAUGCCUGCUCGAAAAAACAGGACAAAGAACGGUACCGCGUAUAUUUUUUGGAAAUAAUUGCAUCGGUGGCUGCUCGGAGCUCUCCAUUCUUGAAAGCAACGGGAAGUUGGAUCAAACUUUGCAAACUUUAGGCGCUUUGCAAUAA